AUGGGUUGUGACGAACACAGGAGCAGUACUUGGUGGUCUGAAGGCUAUCGAACCUGGGAUGAUGUGGCAUUCAAGAAGCGUUUGAGAGUGUCUCGUGCGAUAUUUGAUUUCAUUCUAAACGAAAUUUCUGCCCAAAUUGUUAAACAACCAACUCGAAUGAAACCCCAUCCAACUUCCCCUGCUACUCAGUUGGCAAUAUGUUUGUAUCGGUUGGCUCAUGGUGUUACCUAUCUAACAGUGGGAGAUUUGUGUUUGGUGUUGCGGCUCCAACUGCUUUUUGCAUAUUCAUGGACGUUGCAAAGUUUUGGUGAAUACUUUGUAUGA